AAAGCCAGAAGAACUUCCCUCUCCUUUUCUCCAUACACUCUAAACAUAGGUGAAGGAAAAACCAGUAUGGGGGAAGGAGAAGGAGAAGAGAGAAAGGAAGAGAGAGAGGUGGAAAUUAGUCUAAAAGACUUCUCAAGGAAGCUUGAGGAAUUUGCUAAAGCAAGAGAUUGGGAGCAAUACCAUAGCCCAAGAAAUCUUCUUCUUGCUAUGGUAGGUGAAGUUGGGGAGCUAUCAGAGAUAUUCCAAUGGAGGGGAGAGGUGGCAAAAGGCCUGCCAAACUGGGAAGAAUCUGAUAAAGAGCAUUUGGGAGAAGAGCUUUCUGAUGUGCUGUUGUAUCUCAUUAGGUUGGCUGAUAUCUGUGGUAUUGAUCUUGGAGAUGCUGCUUCAAAGAAAAUGGUGAAAAAUGCCAUCAAAUACCCACCAAAAAUCUACUAGUUUGUAUCAAUGUUGGUGCAUCUCAAUUUUGUUUGGUUUGGUGGGUGUUUGGAUGUCUCAUUUGAAGACCAUAUAAUAAAGUUUCAAGCUUAGAUUGUUUUUUA